GAAGAGUAGCCAAAGAAGGACAUGAGCUCAGGAAAGGAUGGCAUUGUUCCUUUUGAACAAUACAAACUUCCUCCGGUUGGCCAUGCUAUCUCUGGAGCUGUAGCCAGUAUUCUUAGUAAUAUGAUUAUCUAUCCCAUUGACAUAUCAACCACUCGACUACAAUUAGAACAAAAGAAGGAAGGACAUUCUAAAGGAUUGGUAUCGAUGAUGAGACAGAUCUAUCAAGAAGGAGGCAUAGAAGGAUUGUAUAGGGGACUUGGGGCAGAUAAUGUGGCCACGGUACUGUCCAGCUUUAUCUAUUUUUAUUGCUACACGGCACUUCGGAAUAUGCAAGAAAAAUUCAAUACAUCCAUGGGUAAAUCGACGGCUACAUUGAAUAUUUAUCAAGAAUUGUUUUUAGGGGCCGAGGCGGCAUUGAUUUCCCGUUUCUUCACUUCUCCCGUUUCCAAUAUCACCACUCGUUUACAAACAAGUCAACAAGUCUCCUUUAUGGAUGUUGUCAAGGAUAUUUAUAAUGAAAAAAAGAUAACAGGUUUUUGGACAGGAUACCGAGCAUCCAUUAUUUUGGUUUCUAAUCCAUCCAUCACUUAUUUUGUUUUUGAACAAUUGAAAUCUUUUUAUUUACGAACUCAUAACAAGACUACUUUGACGAGUGUACAAACAUUCUUAUUCUCAGCCUUGGCGAAAAGUAUGGCAACCAUGAUCACUUAUCCUUUUAUCUUUGUUCGUGCCAAUAUGAUCGGAUCUAAAAAGGGAGAACAGGAUCAAAGCAUGAUGACUUUAUUCAAACAAGUCAUUGAGAAAGAAGGUAUCACUGGUAUUUACAAGGGAAUGAAGGCACAAAUCAUCAAGGGUUUCUUCAAUAGUGGGAUCCUCUUUAUGAUCAAGGAUUAUGUCGCGACUUAUUUGGCUUUUGUAUUUUACGCUUCCUACAAAUUGAAAAUGAAAAGACGUAUCAUUCAAUGAGGUAUAGACAUGAUGAUUUCUUUUUUUAUUAUUAGUUAUAUUUUUUGUUAGUGUAGAUAU